CGCCGGUCAAAACAAGAAAGUGCAAAAAAGAUGGCGCUCCUUUACAUGUUUGCUAUUCUUCUAGUUAUUGUUUGUUGCAGUGGCAUGGAAAAUGGCGAAUAUGUGUCUGUGAUCUCUAAAGAUCAGUCAUUGAAGAUUGUACCCGGCAAAGUUAUGCCAAACGUCGCAUGGGCUCGCUUUUCCAACGAAAUCGACAAAUCUGGAUGGAGCUAUCUUGAAGUCCACAGUAAUGGAUCAUAUCCAGAUAUGGUGCAAGCAAAGGCGGCUGGAAUGGCAGAAGGAUAUAUAACAUCAGAACUAAUGUACCAGACUUAUAUUAAUGGAAUUGCUGGUUAUUGUAAAAAUGAGACUGAAUAUUGUAAAAGGCUUGACCAAUUUAUUUAUGAAAAUAAAGAUUGGAUGGAUCAGAAGAUGAAAGAGGAAGGYGAUGAAUACUGGAACCAAGUGCAACUUAUUUACUCCCAGCUGGAGGGUCUCAAAGAUGGGUAUCGUCUAAACAAAUCAUUACCUGACCUCCUUGAUCUUACUUUCUUACAUUUUCAAAUAGACGAUGACCUUGAGGAUUUGGAGCAAGUGUUGAAAAAGAAAAAUCCACGUCAUAUCAAGGGAUCUGGUUCUUGUUCUGCAYUGAUCAAACUUCUUCCUGAUAACAAGGAAAUGUUUAUAUCACAUGUCACAUGGAAUGUUUAUACUGGUCUGCUGAGAGUUUUUAAACUUUAUGACCUUCCAUUUAAAUAUUCAUUUAGCAAUGGACAAGUAAUCCCUGGUUAUAAACAAAGUUUUUCAUCAUCUCCUGGUAGGUUAUAUAGCGGGGACGACUUUUACCUCCUGAGCAGUGGAAUGGUUUCUCAAGAAACUACCAUUGGAAAUGCUAACAGCRAUUUGUGGAAGUAUGUUACASCAGAUGGUAUCCUUUKGGAAUGGCUAAGAACCAUGAUUGCUAACAGGCUGGCAAAGACACCGGCAGAGUGGACCUAUCUAUUCUCAAAGUAUAACAGUGGAACUUAUAAUAAUCAGUGGAUGGUUCUGGAUUACAAACAGUUUGUGCCUGGUCAGCCUCUAAAACCAGGAACACUUUCUAUUCUUGAGCAAAUUCCKGGCAUGACUGAGUCUGCUGACAUGACUGUAUUCUUAGAACAGAAYCGCUUUUGGUCAAGUUACAAUMUCCCGUAAGUACCACAAUUAUUUAUUAAUUAUAUA